AUGAACGAUAAACUUCAAUCAGCCACCAGUAAUUCACUUCACGGUUUUGCGGGCGCGACUACGGAGAUUCAAGAAAAUUUGGAUGUCGAGUACUGUCUUGACAACCUAGUCGAAAGAGAUGACUCUUCCUGGUCCACACAAUCUCCAUGCAGUAAUGGAAUGCCGACAAGCUUGGGAAGUGAAUCACAAGGUGUAACUAUUCCGGAUUUCAUGGCUCACAAUCCGCAAUUUGAUUUUGGGCUCGACCACUUCCAAUGGAUUCACGAGGGAGCUGAUCUUGAGAUAAGAAACAUAUUGCCAGAUAACAUCAUCUCACAAGGAUUCACUCUUGACAAUCAUGCAGUGAAUCUUCUGGCCGGAUCUCUCAAUGCGUUUGGUACUUCAGAAGCAAACAACGCGCUCCCUACUAGUGGCCAGGCACUUUUUGGUUUGGAUAUAGUGCCUGGUGCAAUACAAACGUUCACUGGCCUAAAUCUCAAGGAUUUUGAGCAAGUACUGCAGUGUGAGAAUUUUUGUCACAUUGAAAGUAUACCAGAGUCCACAAGCUCUAAAGUUCAGCAGUUCUUUGCAUUGCACCGAACCGCUGGUUUUCCCGAAUGUCCGUCUGUCCACAUGAUACACGCCUUUGCUGAACUAUAUUUCGAGUUUUUUGACCAUAACUUUCCCUGUAUCCAUAAACAACAGCUACAGGGUGGACCGACAUCUUGGAUUCUAUUGGUGGCUGUUGCAUCUAUAGGAUCUCAAUACUCAGCAAUUGAGAACGCAUCUGUUCAUACGAAAUGCCUUCAACAUCUACUUGAAAAGGCCAUCCAUGAUUAUUUGCCUACGCGUUGUAGUGAUAUCACUAUAGACUUUGUCCAGAGUGUCUUUAUUAGCCAAAUCAAUCUUUGCUGUGAAGGGAAGAAAAGUGCACAUUUAAGGCAAGAGUGUCAAAGAAGCUUGCUAUCUACCUUGAUAAAGCAAGUGAGUGACGACGCAGCUUCACGACGGAAAAAGUACCACAUGACUCAGCCCAGCAUCGAGGAAGAAUGGACAGUCUGGUUGAGCGCUGAGAUAUUGACAAGACUCAAAUAUUGUGUUAGUCGUUUUGAAUGCCUACAAUUCGCACUAUUCCAUUUGAAACCGCAACAUUUUACUGGGGAUUACACAAGACAUAAGAUUUCCGCAGAAGAUCUGUGGAGCGCUACAACAGCUGAGGAAUGGAAUUCCCAACGCUCACCGGCAAUGCAUGAUCCGUUGCGGUCUCCCUUCGAGGAAAUUGUACUUACCAGUGCUUCGAUUGUUGAAGAACGCCUUGAAAAUCUUCAAACAGCAUAUCGAACAGCACUAUGCGCUCGCCUACAAGAUUGUUUCCUGGAAACAAUGGGAAGAUCUUCGCUUUCGACAUUUACUAAUCGCAAUGGAUUUGAAGAUGUGAAGCGCUCGUCCUACCGUUCACCACUUGUCGAUCGCCUGCUCGAAUACAUUUUGGAAGACAACUUAGCUUCAACCUACCGACCUUACUUCCAGAGUGACUGCUCGCUUCAUGUAUUAUCAAUUCUCCGACACGUUAGCCUGACAGCGGUCUAUGCAUUCUCAGGCUGGGAAGCAGAUCGUUCUGAAACACAAGAGGCGAGAACAUAUCUUAAAAAUUGGAUUUCGAACGACAUGUCUUCAGUGCGACGAUGCCUUUGGCAUGCGGCAUGUGUGUUUCGAGAUUUGAGGAACAAAUCACAUUUCUCGUGUUUCGAUCCAUUCUUCAUUUUGAUUGCUACGCUUGUAAUCUGGAUGUAUUGUACUCUCAGUUCUGGAAUUGUUUCCUACACGGAUGAGGCGAUUUGUAUACACAGAGAACCUGCGCGGAUUGAUAGCUUUACAGACCGUGAAGCGCUUCAGCACUGGCUACAACACUGUUCUUGCCGCAAGAUUCAUCUGGCAGGUCUUGGUACCUUGGAAGGACCUGAGGGCGCUAAGCGGGUAAUCAAGGAGUACCGCAACAUACUCAAAUCGAGGGUAGGGUGGUUUGAUAUCCGUGAUGCGCUUGCUUUCUUGGCGGAGCAACUGCUUGAAGAUAGACUACCUCGCCGUCGAGACUCUGAAGAGUAG